UUCUCCUUGUCAGCUUCCAUCGCGGUCCUACCGUCACAGCGCCGCUGACAUGACCUCAUCUCCUCCCAUCGUGUCACGCCCUCUCGGACUAGCGACGUUCUGAGCUGUCCGUCUCCUCCCUCCUCUCUCUCCUCUCGGCUCUCGCCGCGGAUCUCCUCCUCCGCGGCGGUCGCCACGAUGGCCUCCUCCUCCGCGGCGGCGUCGGCCGCCGCUCUAGAGGCCGUGCAGGUUCUCGUUGCCUCCCUCGCCGACGACUCCCCGGUCGCCCGGGACGCGGCGCUCGCUGCCCUCCGCGAGAUCGCGCCGCUGAACCCGCUGCUCGUCCUCGACUGCUGCGCCACCGUAUCCCGAGGCGGACGUCGGCGGUUUGGCAACAUGGCUGGGCUUUUUCUCGUGAUGGCUUCUGCAGUGAGCGCUCUCGACCGCUGGGACGCCGAGUGUGAGUUCCUCCGGAAAAUUGCAAAGAUUGCAACUGCUGAGAUUGUUAGCUCAAAGGAAUUCAAUGUUGAUUGGCAAAGAGCAGCUGCUAGUCUUCUUGUUGCCAUAGGUUCACAUGAUCCAGACCUGAUGAUGGAGGAAAUAUUUCUUUACUUCUCUGGACCAUCUUCUGCUUUGCCAGCCAUGUUACAGAUACUUGCAGAUUUUGCAUCAGCAGAAGCCUUGCAGUUCACCCCACGGUUGAAGGACGUACUUUUGCGUGUUUUGCCUAUCCUAGGAAGUGUACGAGAUGGCCAACGGCCUGUUUUUGCGAAUGCCUUUAAGUGUUGGUGCCAGGCUGCAUGGCAGUACCUGGGAGAUGCUCCCUCUGAGCUUCCUUUUGACACCGAUGUUAUGUCUUUCAUGAAUUCAGUAUUUGAGUUACUUAUAAAAGUAUGGAUGGGUUCACGUGAUCUCAAGGUGCGGUUGUCCUCUGUGGAGGCUUUGGGAGAAAUGGUUGGCCUGGUCACUAGGUCACAGUUGAAAUCAGCACUGCCAAGGAUAAUACCAACAAUGUUGGAUCUAUGUAAGAAAGAUCAAGAAGUUGCUUUUGUUGCAUCUCACAGUCUUCAUAACCUUCUUAAUGCGUCAUUAUUGUCUGAAAGUGGCCCCCCUUUACUUGAGUUUGAGGAGCUUACUGUUAUCUUACUUACGCUUCUUCCGUUAGCAUCUGUCAACAAUAGCAAAGAUGAGCAUUAUGUUUCAAAGGGAUUGAAGACAUACAAUGAACUCCAGCACUGCUUCUUGGUGAUUGGUUUAGCAUAUCCUGAGGAUCUUUGCCUGUUCCUUUUGAAUAAAUGCAAGUCAAAAGAUGAAGCAUCUAUUGUUGGGGCUCUUGGUACUAUAAAACACCUAUUGCCCAGAUUGUUGGAAUCAUGGCACACUAAACAAGCAUUACUAGUUGAAAUCGUGAAUUCGCUAUUAGAGGACCAGAGCUUGGGUAUACGUAUGGCGCUAGCUGAGCUAAUUGUUGUUAUGGCUUCACACUGCUAUUUAAGUGGGCAUCCUGCUGAGCUGGCAGUCAAGUUUCUGGUGCGGCAUAGUGCUAUAACUGAUGAUGAUCUAAAUGACCCCAGCACUCUGAAAAAUGAGUACUUCCAGGACAAAAGAUUUGAGAUGAAAAUAAGUCUUGCUGGUCUAUCGGAACUAAGAGCUGUAUGUGAAAAGGGUCUACUUUUGCUAGCAAUCACCAUUCCUGAAAUGGAGCUUGUUCUAUGGCCAUUUAUCUUGAAGUUAAUAAUCCCGAAGAAGUAUACAGGUGCAGUAGCUACGGUCUGCAAAUGCAUAACUGAAUUAUGUAGGCAUAAAUUGUCGCAAACAAACCCACUGCAUACUGAAUUUAAUGCAUCGAAUGAAAUCCCCAGCCCCGAGGAUUUGUUUGCUCGUUUAGUUGUGCUUCUGCAUAAUCCACUUUCUAGGGGCCAACUGGCCACCCAGAUCCUGACGGUGCUGUGCUACUUGGGUCCACUUUUCCCCAGAAACCUUUCAUUAUUUUUGCAAGAUGAGGUCCCUAAGAUGAAAGCUUACAUCAGUGAUCCUGAAGACCUUAAGCAAGAUAGCACAUACCAGGAAAUAUGGGAUGACAUGAUAAUAAAUUUUUUAGCAGAAUCUUUGGAUGUUGUGAAUGACACUGAGUGGGUUAUUUCCCUGGGUGAUGCAUUUGCCAGACAGUAUGAUCUGUAUGCUAUAUCUGAUGGACAUUCUGCUUUGCUGCACAGAUGUUUAGGAAUGCUUCUUCAGAAGGUUGAUGAUAGGAUUUAUGUCCGUGAGAAGAUUGAUUGGAUGUGUAGACACUCAAGCAUGUCUAUUCCUAUCAAUCGCCUUGGACUCGCACAAGGCAUCGGGUUGGUUGCAGCUGCUCAUUUGGAUACAGUGUUAGAGAAACUGAAGAACAUAUUAGACAAUGCAGGGCAAAGUGCUAUCAAGAGGUUCCUCUCAUUUUUCUCAUUGAGAACAAAAGUGGAAGAUGUGGAUGAUACGUACGCAGCAUUGGCAUUAAUGUAUGGUUAUGCUGCAAGAUAUGCUCCAUCAACUGUUAUUGAAGCCAGAAUUAAUGCACUUGUGGGGACUAAUAUGCUUGGAAGGUUGCUUCAUGUUCAGCAUCCUACUGCAAAACAAGCUGUCAUUACUGCAAUUGACCUUUUAGGCCAAGCUGUUAUUAGCGCUGCUCAAAUGGGAAUCUCGUUCCCACUGAAACGAAGGGAUCAGUUGCUGGAGUAUGUUUUAACUCUAAUGGGUAGGGAUCAAAAUAAUGAUCUCACUGAUUUCAGCACUGAGCUUCUGCGCACGCAGAGUCUUGCUUUAAGUGCCUGUACUACUCUGGUUUCGCUAGAACCAAGAUUGCCAAUGGAAACAAGAAACCGUGUCAUGAAGGCAACAUUAGGUUUUUUUGCGUUGCCAACAGAGCCCUCUAUCAUUGAUGAGAAUCUCGUAACAAACCUCAUUAUUCUGUUAGGUGCCAUCCUGCUUACAAGUGGUGAAGAUGGUCGAAGUCGAGCAGAGCAGUUGUUGCAUAUUCUUAGGCAACUUGAUCCAUAUGUUUCAUCAUCUGCGGAACACCAAAGAAGAAGAGGAUGCAUUGCUGUACAGGAGGUGUUAAUAAAGUUCCGCAAUCUUUGUUCUGGUGGAUUUGGUGCAUUGGGUUCCUAUCCAACUUUCACAAUGAACAAGCAAAUCAAUCAAGGAGGGCCUAGGAGCUCGUCAAGUUUGCCAUCUGCAUUUGUGUUGCCUAAUCGAGAUUCUUUGAGCUUGGGAGAGAGGACAAUGGCAUAUCUUCCUCGUUGUGCUGAUACAGACGCUGAAGUUCGGAAAGUUGCUAUUCAGAUCAUUGCUCUUUUCUUCAACAUUUCAUUGUCACUUCCAAAGCAGAAGGCAUACACUAAUGAUAUUGAUCUAGAAUCUUCGUAUAGUGCUCUGUCCUCCCUAGAGGACAUAGUCUCUACCAUCAGAAGGGAGGAAUCUGUUGACCAGACUGAAGUGUUUCAUAGGGUUGUCUCCUCAGUGUGUAUUCUAUUAUCAAAGGAUGAGCUGGUUGUCUUGUUAUACUCAUGCACAUUAGCAACAUGUGAUAAGGUAAAGCAAUCAGCAGAUGCUUCCAUUCAAGCUAUUAUCAUGUUUAUUAGCAGAAGAGGCAAGGAGCUACGUGAAGCUGAUGUCUCGAGGACAACUCAAUGUUUGCUCUCAUCUGCUGUUUCUAUUACCGACAAGCACUCGCGCCAAGAGGUUCUCAAUGCAAUAUCGUGCCUAGCAGAAAACACCAAUCACAUUGUGGUCUUUGAUGAGGUUCUAUCUGUGGCUGGAAGAGAUAUUUGUACAAAAGAUAUACCAAGAAUUCGUGGCGGCUGGGCCAUACAGGAUGUUUUUUAUGCAUUUUCCCAGCAUAAGGUCUUAGCACUUCUUUUUUUGGAGUACACUUUGUCUAUACUUCACAAAGAACCUGUUGCAAUAAACGACUCCGAGAAGGGGGAAAUCACCUCGUCAUCAGCUGAUGACUGUAUUCUACAAGCAACUAUGUUUGCUCUCAAUGCGUUUGUGAGAGGUGGUGGGAAGAUUGGGAAACAAGCAGUUGAGCAAAGUUACCCUUCUGUUCUUUCUGGCCUUAUACUGAAGCUGGGGAGUCUUCAUGGUCUUGCUGAGUUGGGCCGAAAUGAACUUCUACGGUCAUUGUUAAUUGCAUUUCAGUCAUUUUGUGAGUGUGUUGGCAAUACAGAAAUGGGAAAGAUAUUAGCUCGAGCUGGAGAACAAACUGAGAAGGAGAAGUGGAUUGAUCUUGUUCAGGAGGUUGCAUGCAGUUCCUCAGUAAAAAGACCAAAAGAGGUUCUGCCAACUUGUGUUAUCUUGAGUAAAGCUCUCAACAGAAAUCAGAGGGCUGAAAGGGAGGCUGCUGCUGCUGCACUAUCAGAAUUUAUUCGCCACAGUGAAAAAGAACCUACAUUGCUUGAACAAAUGGUUGAGGAAUUGUGUCAACAUGUCUCUGAUGAUUCACAGACCGUCAGGAGUCUCUGUCUGCGUGGACUUGUGCAGAUUCCUGAGAGCCAUAUGCUUAAAUACAUUCAGCAAGUCUUAGGAGUAAUAUUAGCGUUACUUGAAGACCCCAAUGAAUCUGUUCAAUUAACUGCUGUCCAAUGCUUGUUAACUGUUCUUAAUUUGUCAGGACAAGAUGCUGUUGAUCCCAUCUUAAUAAAUCUCUUAAUAAGGCUACGUAAUCUCCAGGUCUCGAUGAAUACCAAAAUGAGGUCUAAUGCAUUUGCAGCUUAUGGUGCUCUAAGUGCCUAUGGUGUAGGUUUGCAGCGAACUGCUUUUCUUGAGCAGAUACAUACAAUCCUUCCCCGUUUGAUUCUCCAUCUCCACGAUGAUGACCUAAGUGUUCGCCUUGCCUGUCGGAACACAUUCCAGCUCCUAGCGCCUUUGAUGGAAAUAGAUGAUUUGUCUUCGCUCCUCAACAAGCAGUAUUUUACUUCCGAUCGCCGUUCCGAUUACGAGGACUUCAUUAGGGACUUAACAAGACAACUUUGUCAACUGUCAACUGCCAGAGUUGACAGCUACCUAGAAUCUGCUAUCCAGGCAUUUGAUGCACCUUGGCCGAUUAUCAGAGCAAACGCAAUUUGUUUGGUGAGUUGCAUGCUAUCCUUUUUGGAUGAUCAACGCUUCAUUGCUCCCUACUUCUCCCAGGUGUUCGCUAUGUUGGUCAGUAGAAUGAGCCAAUCAUCAGAUGCAAUUGUUCGGGCAGCAGCAUCUUCUGCACUGGGCAUUCUGAUAAAGAGGUCCAACAUGCUGAGGUUACUGAUUUCACGAUUUGAUCGAGCUGAUUCAUCACACAAUUCCCAGAGUGGUGAUUCUAAUACUAAAACGCCAUCUGAGCUUCAAGAAGUGACAGGGGGAGAUCCGGAUGAUGCGCAAAAUAAUGGUCACGGAAGCCGAUCUCAGACCUAACUCAUGUAAAUUUGCCUGUACAUGCAUAGUAUUUUAGUAGUGCAUGCUUGUGUAUAUUUUGUGCUUCCCUUGAAAAUAGGAACUACAGAGAUACAAUUUUAUGUUGCGAGGUUCAUAGCUCAUAGGCCUUCGGUACGCAUGUACAGCAACCCGUCACAGUUCGUUGAUUAUUUAUUGAAUUUUCUUUGAUGUAA